AUGGAGGAUCACCUGUCGAAGAUCCCCAUGAUGCCGUCUUCUUCACCCAGCGAAUCGUCUGGCAGCGGAGGGACUGAUGACAGCAGAGGAGCCAAGAGUCCGGCUCCGGGGAAAGCUCUGAGUCCAGCUCUGGUGUGCAAAGUGUGCGGAGACACGAGCAGCGGGAAACACUACGGCAUCUACGCCUGCAACGGCUGCAGCGGCUUCUUCAAACGCAGCGUCAGGAGGAGGCUCAUCUACAGGUGUCAGGCCGGUACCGGCAUGUGUCCAGUGGAUAAAGCUCAUCGGAACCAGUGCCAGGCGUGUCGGCUGAAGAAGUGCCUGCAGGCGGGCAUGAACAAGGACGCCGUGCAGAAUGAGCGGCAGCCUCGCAGCACCGCUCAGGUCCGUCUGGACUCCAUCGACGUGGACCCCGAGAAGGAGCACCUGGCCACCACCAGGGAGCCCACCUCCUCCUCGUCUUCCUCCUCCUCGUCCUCGUCCUCCUCCUCCUCCGGCGGCUCCGUCAUCACGUGGCCCCACAUCACCUCCUCCAUGUCCAUCACCUCCUCCGUGGCCCCCCAGCGCUGCGUCAGCCCCCAGAACAACCACCGCUUCAUGGCCAGCCUCAUGACGGCCGAGACCUGCGCCAAGCUGGAGCCCGAAGACGUUGACGAAAACAUCGACGUGACGAGCAAUGAGCCGGAGCGAGCGUCCUCGGAGUACCACAUGGCUCUGUACCCGUCCAGCUCCGAGAACGUUUACGAGACCUCGGCCCGGCUGCUCUUCAUGUCGGUGAAGUGGGCCAAGAACCUGCCGGUGUUUUCCAACCUGCCCUUCAGAGACCAGGUGAUCCUGCUGGAGGAGGCCUGGAGCGAGCUCUUCCUCCUCUGUGCCAUCCAGUGGUCUCUGCCCCUGGACAGCUGCCCUCUGCUCUCCCUCCCCGACCUCUGCCCCGGCAUGCAGGGCAAAACCAGCUACACCAGCCUGGACCUGCGCCUCCUGCAGGAGGUGUUCAGCCGCUUCAAGGCGCUCGCCGUCGAUCCCACCGAGUUCGCCUGCCUCAAGGCCAUCGUGCUCUUCAAGCCAGAGACUCGCGGUUUGAAAGAUCCAGAGCAAGUGGAGAACCUGCAGGAUCAGUCUCAGGUCAUGUUGGGUCAGCACAUCCGCUCACAUUACCCGAGUCAACCAGCCAGGUUUGGAAAGCUGCUCCUCCUCCUGCCGUCGCUGCGUUUCGUGAACUCGGAGCGAAUAGAGCUGCUGUUCUUCCACAGGACCAUCGGAAACACUCCCAUGGAGAAGCUGCUGUGUGACAUGUUCAAAAACUAA